GCUGUCCACUGGCUCCAUUUUCUAGUACUUCAACGGAGUUGUCUUCAAUCAUACAAUUGUUAUCGAAUAUUUGAUCGAGGUGUGAGGUUGUUCACUAGCUAUUGUUCGCAUACUCGAUUUGGUGCUGCACAGAAGCGAGAUUUGUUUUCUGGUCUUAGUCCUGCGCUCCGUGGGCCGAGAGAAACAUCUUGAGAAGUUAGGCUUGUGAUCUCAUUUGCAAACAUGGGCAAGGGAGGCUCCACUGCGACCUUUUGCGAGGUCUUGUUAGCUAUUCUGUUGCCGCCUCUGGGCGUGUUUCUAAGAUAUGCCUGCGGGCUGGAGUUCUGGAUUUGUCUACUUUUGACCAUCCUGGGAUAUAUUCCUGGGAUCUUGUAUGCGCUUUACGUCAUUGUAAGAUAAUUCUGGAAGGUCUGCUCGAGGUCUUGUGCGCCAGACGGGGCGAACACAACAGAGAGACGUCCAUGGUCGUGGACUAGGAUUUUGAUACCUAGCACUUCAAUGGUUCAAAGGCGUGUUAUCUAUCGGUCUGCUGUUUUCUUGUAGAUAAAGACCAUGCUAUCAGCUUUAGGAUCUCAACAGGAGUUUCACCUUGGGAAGGCUGCAGUGAUCAUCGGACCGUUUGGGUGCUCGCGGUAACCACACCAGAAAUGAUCAUGUUUUGUGAAUGUUUGUAAGAGUAGAUGAAUAGUUUAUCUUUUGUUGCAAUAAAUUUCAUACGUUGAAACUCCACUGGUGUUGAAAGCCAUUAUGUACGGAUUCAGCUGGAUUUUCUCUGUUGGUGUACGGUUUGUCAGUUAGUUUCGAGGCUUUUUUACGUGAAGUGGCUUAUGCAGUCCCAUCUAUCGCGGUACAGUAUUAUCCAACAGCUCAAACUUUGAAUGAGUAGCGAUUGUGAAAUUUGCAGAGUACAAAGUGUACAAGUGAAUAUAAUACAGAAGAAAAAUUCACUCUA